AUGGUCGACCGCCCCAACAAACCCUCGGCUCUAGCGGCCACUCCUGGCCUGCAGCCGCAAGCUCAGGUUACCAUCUCACACGGCAACUCCCGCGUUUCCGCAUCGCUCCCCUCCGGCGAGAGCAUCGAGAUUCUUCUGUAUGGCGCUACUGUGCUGAGCUGGAAGGAUGCUUCUGGCGACGAGAAGCUGUGGCUGAGCGAGGGCGCAAAGCUGGACGGAACAAAGGCUGUGCGGGGAGGCAUUCCCCUGGUUUUCCCGGUCUUUGGCACUGCUCCCGACCACGAAGCCACUUCCAAGCUGCCCCAGCACGGAUUCGCCCGCAACUCCCGCUGGGAGUUCCUCGGCAAGUCCACCAGCGAAUCAUCCUCUGACAGCGUCAAGCUCGACUUUGGCCUGUCAUCCGAGAACCUUGACGAUGCCGCUCGCCAGCUGUGGCCAUACAAGUUUGGUCUCCUGUACAGCGUCACGCUUGACCGCGAGAGCCUGAAGACGGCGCUGGUGAUUACGAACGAGGGCGAUGUGCCAUUCGAGUUCCAGACACUAUUGCACACGUAUUUCAGAAUCAAGGACAUCUCUUCCGUCCAAAUCGCCGGCCUCGAAGACUCUCCCUACGUCGACAAGGUAGAUGCCGCAAAGGCAAAGACCCAAUCCUCCGACGCAGUCGCCUUCUCCGGCGAGACCGACCGCGUCUACACUCCUGUCAAGGGCCCCAGCCACCCCGUCGUCAUCAGCGAGGGCGGUGCGGCCAAGUUCCGCAUUGUGCGCGACAACCUCGAAGACGUGGUUGUCUGGAACCCCUGGGUCGACAAGGCCGCUAGCAUGGGCGAUUUCGAGCCCAAGGACGGCUGGAAGAACAUGGUCUGCGCGGAGGCUGGCGCGGUGAGCUCAUGGCAGAAGCUGGAAAAGGGUGAUGCGUAUGAGGGUGCGCAGACUAUCUACUUGAAGUAA